CCAUACACACACCCACACACACCUACACACACACGCACACACCCACGCAUAAAUAAUGUUCAGUUUGUGCUAAAAUAAAAAUCGGAAAAUCGGAAAAUCGAGAAAACAAAUCGAAAUACAAAAAGAAAAAGUUCUCCAUUCUUGAUGAAAAAUCACUUGCAAAACGUUCUGUGUGCAAUGCGUAGUGACUUCAAGGAUAAUCACCAGGAGACCAUAAAUAAAAUGAUACAAUUUGGUACCGUUAAAUAUGGCAUUGUCAAACAGCUGAAGGAUCGCGCCAGAAGCGCCGAGAAAGACAUCGCAAGUGAUCAGGAAGAUAAUGGCGCCUGCUCGCCGCUGACAACGGCGACACCGGCCAGCGCCAGUGCCGGGAAUAGUCCCUGCCCCAGCCGCAGUCCGCGGCGCCACAGCGACGACGACGACGAGGUGGCUGGCGAAAGGGAGCUUCCACAAGUGGCAGAUAGCAAAGAGGAUAAACAGGAUAAGCUGGAUAAGCUGGAUAAGCUUAAGGAGAGUGUGGAGCAAAUUGAGAAUCAAACAGAUGCGAUCAUCGAGGAUCACAAUCACAAUAACAGCAGCAACCACAACAACAACAACGAUAGCGAUAACGAUAACGAUACCGAUAACGUUGACGAUAACGAUAACAACAAAGUCAAGGUCAUGACAAAGCCGCCCGAGGAACACGAGACGAACGCGAACGCGAACUCAAACUCAUCGUUGCCCAAUUCACCCACCGCUGCCACAUCCAGCAUGGAGGAGCCACAAAAGCAACUGGAUGUGGAUGUUGAGAUGCCGCAGGCGGAGCACGAGAAGAGCCCUGCGACGCCGCCGGUCAGCAAUGCAACGGCAACAGCAGCAGCAACAGCAACGGCAGCAGCAGCAGCAGCAGCAGCAGCCCAACAAUUUGGGGCAACACCCGUCACCCUGGAGGCGAUACAAAACAUGCAGAUGGCAAUCGCACAGUUUGCGGCCAAGACAAUUGCGAAUGGCGCCUCCGGUGCGGACAAUGAGGCGGCCAUGAAGCAGCUGGCCUUCCUCCAGCAGACGCUCUUCAAUCUGCAGCAGCAGCAACUCUUUCAGAUUCAGCUCAUCCAGCAGCUGCAAUCGCAGCUGGCCCUCAAUCAGGUCAAGCAGAGCAACGAGGACGAUGCCGACGAGGAUGUGGAGCCCGAGGAGCGAGAGGAUGGCGAAACGGAUACCUAUGAGGAGGAGGAACGCAUUGCCGAUAUGGAGUUGCGACUGAAGGCCGAGGCUCGCAUGGCCGAGUCCAAGGCACGCCAGCAUCUCAUCAAUGCCGGAGUUCCGCUGCGUGAACGUUCCCGUUCCCGUUCCGCCUCCCCCUCACCCAGCCCCUCGGCGGCAGCGUCGCCGGCUGUCUCGCUGAAGCGCAAGCGGAGCGAUGAUGUCGGCGCCAAGUCUGGUGGUGGUGGUGGUGGUAAGGCCUUUGGCCAGCCGCAGGAGAGCGCACAGGAUGCGCUGUCCAAGCUCAAGGAGAUGGAGAAUAUGCCGUUGCCAUUUGGCAACGAUUUGGCCUCCAGCAUCAUAACGAAUCACGAUGAUCUGCCGGAACCGAACUCGUUGGAUCUGUUACAGAAACGGGCACAGGAAGUGCUCGACUCGGCCUCGCAAGGCAUCCUGGCCAACAACAUGGCCGAUGACUUUGCGUUCGGGGACAAGUGCGGCGAGGGCAAGGGUCGCAACGAGCCCUUCUUCAAGCAUCGCUGCCGGUACUGCGGCAAGGUCUUUGGCUCCGAUUCGGCGCUACAGAUCCACAUACGAUCUCAUACGGGCGAGCGGCCCUUCAAGUGCAACGUCUGCGGCAGUCGGUUCACCACCAAGGGCAACCUCAAGGUGCACUUCCAGCGGCAUGCCCAGAAGUUUCCGCAUGUGCCGAUGAAUGCGACACCGAUACCCGAGCACAUGGACAAGUUCCAUCCGCCGCUGUUGGAUCAAAUGUCCCCGGACAGUUCACCCACACAAUCGCCAGCGCCGGCAUCCGGUCAGGCGUCGGCCAGCUCAACGUCCGCUCAUCCACCAGCGAUGUCUUUCCCCGGCCUGCAGGGCCUCUAUCGUCCGCCCAUGGAGCUGCUGAAGUCCCUGGGUGCGGCGGCUGGCAGUACGGCCGGACUGCCGCAUCCCUUCUUCCCCCAGAUGCCGGGACUGGGUGCGGCUCUCAAACACAGCCAACAACAGCAGCAGCAGCAGCAGCAGCAUCAGCAGCAGCAACAGCAGCAGGUUAGUCAGGAAAUGCCCACAGAUUUGCGCAAAUCGUCUGGUCCCAGUUCACCGCACGACGAGGAAGACGAUGAUGAUGAUGACAUGACUGCAGUGCGGUUGCCUGUCAAAGCGGAACUGCUCGAGGAGGAGAAGACGGAGCCGGAGACGGCAGCAACGUCCGCCGAGUGUGCCGACAUGGAACCAGAGCCAGAGCCACUGCCACUGGAGGUGCGCAUCAAGGAGGAGCGCGUCGAUGAGCUCGAGGAGCAGGAGGAGGAGCAGCAGCAGCGAGAGCAGCAGCAGCAGCACCAGGAAACACCUUCCCAUCGCACACCAGCUGCCUCGCCGACGGACCCCGUGUCUGAGACGCCGCCACUGAUGCAGCGACAUCAUCACCAGCAUCAUCAUCAGCAUCAGCAUCAUCAGCAGCAUCAUCAUCAUCAUCAUCAUCCCUCCCAGCAGCACCACCAUAUGCCCGGCUAUCCACCGGUGGUGCAACCGAUUCAACCACCAGCAAUAAUGCACGCCCAGUGCUCGCCCGGCUCCCAUUCGCAUCUAGAUCAGCUGCCGACACCGGGCCAAUUGCCGCCAACGAUGCCACAUCGUGAGGAUUUCUUUGCCGAACGAUUCCCCCUCAAUUUCACCACAAAGACACUCUCCCCCGAGCACCACUCGCCCAUUCGGUCGCCAGCUGGCCAUGCUCAUGCCCACAUUCCGCGUUCGCCGUUCUUCAAUCCGAUCAAGCAUGAGAUGGCGGCGCUGUUGCCACGCCCACAUAGCAAUGACAACUCGUGGGAGAACUUCAUUGAGGUGUCGAACACGUCGGAGACGAUGAAGCUCAAGGAGCUGAUGAAGAACAAGAAGAUCAGUGAUCCCAACCAGUGUGUCGUCUGCGAUCGCGUCCUCUCCUGCAAGAGCGCCCUGCAGAUGCACUAUCGCACCCAUACCGGCGAGAGACCCUUCAAGUGUCGGAUCUGUGGACGCGCCUUCACCACCAAGGGUAAUCUGAAGACGCACAUGGCUGUGCACAAGAUUCGUCCGCCGAUGCGCAAUUUCCAUCAGUGUCCCGUCUGCCACAAGAAGUACUCCAAUGCGCUGGUCCUCCAGCAGCACAUCCGACUGCACACGGGCGAGCCAACGGAUCUGACGCCCGAGCAGAUUCAGGCGGCCGAGAUUCGUGAUCCGCCGCCCUCAAUGAUGCCCGGUCACUUUAUGAAUCCCUUUGCAGCGGCUGCUUUUCACUUUGGUGCCAUGCCUGGCGGUGGUCCGGGCAGUCAUAAUCCGGGUGCGGGUGCAGCUGGCAUGUCGGGUGCUCCACACAAUGGCGCCUUGGGUUCGGAGUCGUCGCAGGGUGAUCUCGACGACAACAUGGACUGUGGCGAUGGCGAUGACUUCGACGAUGCCUCCUCGGAGCAUCUCUCCAACGAUCCAGCGAUGGGCGAUGAACGUCCGCGCUCCGGCGAUGACUUCAAGUCGCUGCUCUUCGAGCAGAAGCUGCGCAUCGAUGCCACCGGUGUGGUCAACAUCAAUAGUCAUCAUCCGCACUCACAUCAUCAGCAUUCGCGUCCUCGAUCCGCUGCCAGCAAUGCCAAUUCGAUUGGCUCCGCUUCCGCUUCCCCCUCCGCACCCGCCAGUCCCAGUUCGCAGCCGAAGCCGAGCUGUUCGCCGGUUCGAUCCGUCUCGGAGGCAUCGCAGGGCGCACUCGACUUGACGCCACGUGCCGUUGCUCCUGCCCCGUCGCAGCCACUUGCCUCCACGUCACGCUCCCCGCCCCCGCCCAAGGAGAAGACAGUGAGUCCGCUGAGCCAGCAGUCCACACCUGCUCGCAGUCCCAAUGCUUCUGUCUCCGCCUCCGCGUCUGCCUCCGUCUCUGCCUCGCAGCUGCUUUCCUCGCAACUGGCACCGUCUGUGGGCAUUGAUUGCCUGCCGCCCGGCUUGCAGCAUCAUCUGCAGCAGCAGCAUCAGCAUCUGAUGCAGCAACAGGCGGCGGUGGCAGCAGCAGCGGCUGCCCAGCAUCAUCACCAUCAGAUGCAGCAACAUGCCGCCGCCCUGCAUCAGCAUCAGGAGCAACUGCGUCGCGAGGCACAGGAAGUGCAACAAAAAGCGGCAGCUGCUGCGGCAGCGGCUGCGGCUGCUGCCCAGCGUCAGACAUCGCCACAGCCGCCGACACGAGCCGGUGAAUCACCCGGCGGUCCACCCGGUGGUGGUCAGCCCAAUCCGUUGAUCGGUGCCCGACCGCCUUUCGGCAUGUUCCCCAAUCUGCCCAUCUUCCCGCCGGCCACCACCCAGAAUAUGUGCAAUGCCAUGAAUCAGAUUGCCCAAUCCGUGAUGCCAGCGGCACCAUUCAAUCCGCUGGCAUUGAGUGGGGUGCGGGGCAGCACCACCUGCGGCAUCUGCUACAAGACAUUCCCCUGCCACUCGGCGCUCGAGAUUCACUACAGGAGCCACACCAAGGAGCGGCCCUUCAAGUGCAACAUCUGCGAUCGCGGCUUCACAACUAAGGGCAACCUCAAGCAGCACAUGCUGACACACAAGAUCCGCGACAUGGAGCAGGAGACCUUCAGGAAUCGAGCUGUGAAGUAUAUGAACGAGUGGAGCGAUGAACGCGAAUAAUUAACUAGUUAGUUAUCGAUGAUGAAGAAGAACAAUCCAAAUAUGUAUCAGUUAUUGGCCGUGACAAUAGACUCUCGCAACAACCAAUAUGAUCUCAUGCAGUGUUGUGAAGAGCAGCAAAAAGAGUGUCGACAACGCUGCGCUGGAAGCUGGAAGCCGAACCCGAAGCCGCCUCACACACAAGGUAGUUCAAGAGCAAAAGUACGAAAACCCAUCAAAAAAACAAACCAUAAGAAUCAUUAAAAAAAAAAAAAUACUAAACAUCGC